UAAUUCAAACUUUUUGCGGUUCGAUACCACGAAGAGCUUCGUACCCUUUCCAAGGAUUGAGGAGAAGAAGUGAAUCCGUUAUCGUGUUGCGCACUGACGAUGAGCAUUGAUCAUAUUCAUAUGACGAUGCAUUUCUGAUCCCUACUCAUUCUAGGGUUUCCACACUCACCUUCUUCACAUCCUAAGGUGCUUUAAAUUGGUUUAGAUUUCUUGACGAUUCAGAGUCAUGCCGACCUACACAGCAAUAGCUUUGGACAGGUUAUUUGAACCAGGGGCUUCAAAAUCCAUCCAAGCAGCAAAGAAUGCUCCUCAUUCGAAACUCGAGAGGAGAAACAAUGCUCCUAAUUUGAAUCCGGAGAACAGAAUGAGUGCUCCUAACUCGACAUUGGAGAGGAGAAACAGUACAUCAAUGGUGACAACGAUAAAUCACAAACACCACUGGGCUCGGAUGUCACCAGCACUCUAUGCCACUCCCGAGCCAACACCGCUUCCGGAUUCUCCAACUUCAUUCCCUCCGUCUCCUUACAUCAUCAAUCACAAACGACGUGGGCCACGCCUUCUCAAGAGUUUCUCUGAAGUUGGUGUUGCUACUUGCAAACAAGCUGUAGAUGAAAGGGAUGUAAGUGAGAAAGUAAAUAAUCCUGAAAAGGAGGUUGCUGACAAGACCAAGGAUGUUACUUUUACUGUUGCUGUUCCUAGUCCUGUUGAGGAGGAGCAUGUGAAUGGUAGUUAUGAUGGGGUACUUGGAAGAAGUGAUUUGGCAUUGACGAGUGCCAAGAGCAACACAGAGGCUGAGAGUAAUAAUGGGGUGGGAGUGGAACAGUCUUUAAAUCUUACGCCACCAAUUCCGGAGUUUUUUGAUGCUUGGGAAGAAUUGUCUUCUGAGAAUGGGCCGCAGGCUUCCCUGCCUGAUGUUGAAGAGGAAUUGCGGGAAAUAAGAUUGAGUUUAGUGCUGGAGAUAGAGAAGCGGAAGCAAGCAGAAGAAACCUUGAAAUAUAUGCAAAGCCGGUGGCUGAGGAUUCGGGAACAGUUGUCUCUUGUAGGGUUGACACUUGCAGAUCCCAUUGAUGUAGUGGAGAAUGAAAAACUGCAGGUUGAUCCUGCAGAAGAUCUGUCCCAACAAGUUCAUAUUGCCCGGUUUGUCUCAAAUAUCAUUGGGAGAGGAACCGCAAAGGCUGAGGUUGAGAUGGAGAUGGAAGCUCACAUAGAGUCUAAGAACUUUGAGAUUGCUCGGCUAUGGGACAGGUUGCAUUAUUAUGAGGCUGUGAAUCAGGAGAUGUCUCAUAGGAACCAAGAAUCCAUAGAGAUGACACGGCAUCUGAGGCAACAAAGAAAGAAAAGGCAGAGGUGGGUGUGGGGUUCUGUUUCUGCUGCUAUUACACUUGGCACGGCUACCUUAGCAUGGUCUUCUUACCAAUCAACUGUAAAUGGAUCAUCUUCUUACCAUGACCAUGCAACCAAGUGAUGACCUUCCAAUCGAAUUGCUAGCUGAAUGUAAUACUGCAUAAGCAAGUAAACAAGAGGUCAGACAUGCCAUCUUGUGAAUACCACCAAUGUCGAGCUAUUCUUUUUCUUCUUGUUGCAUGGUUUCUGUGCCGUAGAGCCUCUAUGCAAUCAGAUGAUUGGGGAAUAGGUAAAUUACUUGGAAACAUUCAAAUCUGCUGGAUGUUUCUUCAAGUAGUUACUGAACUAAGGAAUAGAUAAAAUGUCCUGCUCGUGGAGAGGGCUUUUGGAUUCAACUGAUACGUCACUCGUUUGCAUCUCUACUUUACGGUCCAACUGAUGUGUCAUGCCUCUCUGAGUAGUGCUAUCUGGUCCAGAGCAUCUUCAACUCAGCAUGGGGUUAUGCAACCAAAGAUGAUGACUCAAAAGAAUCAACAGCUGGUAGGGUACGUCUAUAAUUACCUUUGCACAGCUUUAGCAUGGGUGCUAAUUUGAAAUAUUUAUGAUUCUGUAUUUUUUAACCUUUUGAGUACAAUUUACUUGAAUUUUAUUGUAGCUCAA